AUGCUUCAAGCCUUAGGCCAUCAAAAGCUGUCCAACAAUAUAUGCAGCGUUCUGAAGGAGAGUUUCCGAAAAGAAGAACUCCAACAACGAGCCUGGAUAGAACAACAGGAAGAAAGUCCCAAGAAGAAGCCUCAUCAUGACCAGCCUUUAAUGCUUGAGCAAUCCCGAGAUAAACAUCGUCAUUCCAUUGAACAUAAAUCCAAGUCCAACAAUGUGGGUUUGUCGCUAUCAGUCAAACCCCAUGAUGAGGGAAGCACAAGUAGUAAUAACAGUACAUACGGAAGCCACAAAAAACGUCCUAUAUCUCCUCUUAAAUCUACUUGCUCAUCAAAGCAUUCGACCUCACAUCAUUCUUCCGUUUCUUCAUCAGCCUCAAGCAAGGCCUCCAUUGUAUCAAAUGCUUCUUCUUCCUCAUCAUCCUCAAACAACAUGACUAAAUCUAAUUUUUGGUUUUCAAACAUUUCAGACCUAGUAGAUUCCACUGACAUUGGAUGGGGAAUUCGUUCUGAACGAAAUGUGUCCAGUGAGGAUAAGGACUUUUUCUUAGAUCUGCAACCACUCACCUCAACGAAGUUCAGUAAGAAGAAGGUUAUAGAAACAGAAUUUUAUGAUCAUUCACAUUUUGAUGGUUUUUUAACGCAUCGAAGAGCUCCAACAGAAAACAAGGAAUCAACCAUUGUUUCUCAAUCUCAGAAAAAACAAUCCUCACAUUCAAAAAAGAAAAAGAAUUUGAUUUUUGAUUGA